AUGUACAGCUGCAGCGAUCGACACAACCAGGAGUCCCUAGAAGUAAUAAGGGAUGUGGUCCAUAAGAACCGCUGCCACGUUCUGUUCCCUGAGGUGUUCAGUAGCUACCCCUACAGAGUCAACGUUACAGCUGUCAACGCCCUGGGAAAAGCCUCCACCACCAUCACCUUUGAAGAGAUCAACAUAGUGAAACCAGACCCCCCUGAAAGGGUGGUGGCCACUCCCAUCCCCAGCAACGUGCGUCGUCUGGAGGUCACCUGGAACAGUCCCUCAACCUGGCCUGAUGUAGAGAUCUUCCCCCUGAAGUACUUCCUACGAUACAGACCCCUCAUUAGAGACCAGUGGCAACACGUGGAGUUGUCAGACAGUACGGCCCACACCAUAACGGAUGCGUACGCAGGGAAGGAGUACAUCAUCCAGGUGGCGGCUAAGGACAUGGAGAUCGGCACCUGGAGUGACUGGAGCGUCGCGGUGCACGCUACCCCCUGGAUGGACAAACCCCAACAGAUCCCCUCCACCACCGAGCAGGAACCACUCCUCGGUACGUACCCCAACCCUGACCCAAACCCUGACCCAAACAGAUUACCUCCACCACCGAGCAGGAACCACUCCUCGGUACGUAUCCCAACCCUGACCCAAAAAGAUCCCCUUCACCACCGAGCAGGAACCACUCCUCGAUCUUCAAAAAAGUUCUACAGCUGUACCAUUGAGAGCAUCUUGACUGGCAGCAUCACCGCUUGGUAUGACAACAACUUGGCAUCCAAUUACAAGGCGCUAGAGAGGGUAGUGAGUACGGCCCAGUACAUCACUGGGGCCAAGCUUCCUGCCAUCCAGGACCUCUACACCAGGCGGUAUCAGAUGGCCCAGCCAGAGCCCGGACUGGAACCCGAUGUAACAUCUCUGGAGAGACCUAAAAUAGCUGUGCAGCAAUGCUUCCCAUCCAACCUGACAGAGCUUGAGAGGUUCUGCAGAGAAGAAUGGGAGAAACUCCCCAAAUACAGGUGUGACAAGCCUGUCGCGUAA